AUGUCUCACCAAAGUAAAAAGACAAAGUCUUCUCCAAAAUCGACACGCGGCAGAAAACGUAGAAUAGCUCAGUUGGACCUGACGGGCUGCAACCCUUUUAUGAUAGUGGAGGAACAGAGAGUGGCAGAAAAGGGAGCCGACUUCAAAAAAGAACGCCUUUUUAGCACGGUAGAAAACCCAGUCGUCGAACAUGAGCAUACAGCCGUAGUGACCAUUAGUACUGGAAGACAGGGGCUUGCACUCAUGACUACAUCGGAGUUGAAAAUGUAUGCUAAAUUUGUUGAAAUGACGCUACUUAAUUAUAAGCCGACUUAA